AUGUCAGCCAAGCCGGGAGCAGCUGUCAUGGUGGAGGCAUACUCAGCUUGCACUGGAGGGCAUCUUGCCUUGCUUGAAGUCCAGCCAGAUGGCACCGUUGCUGACCUUUGCAAGUCAGUUACAGAGGCUGUGGCAAGCGAAAUGGAAGCUGCGGGCGCAGGAUCCACCAGAUGCGUAACUCAAUUCUGUGCCAUAUCUGGCGGCCGCAUCUUGCAGGAGAACUGCAGACUGCCUAACACAGGAUUGCUGCAGGAUGCUCCGGAAGCCAAAACAGGAGAUGGAGCUCCGCCAGCACUGGAGUUCCUACGGCGGCGUGAACGACAGGUUGCAAGCUACGGAUUGCCACACGUGAAAGUUUGGAAUGGCGAUAGUGGUGGAUGUGUAGCUACCUUGGACUUGCAGGACACGAGUGUCAAGCUUCCCGCGGUACUUGCGUCGCCAACCUGCACGCCAGAUGGACGCAGAGAGCUUGUGAUUGAAAAUGCCCUGGCAAGAAUCGUAACCGCAGCAACAAAGCUGCUGGUUGUCAACCUUCGCGGGCAUGAAGGCAUCAUUCGCCAUGCAUGUUUGGCUCGGGAUGGCUCGAAAGCUGUCACAGCUAGUGCCGACGGAACGGCCCGACUAUGGGAUGCAGAAACUGGCAAGUGUCAAGCGGUCCUCCGUCAUGUCGACGAGGUGCUUUGCGCAGCUUUUUCAGCAGAUGCUCAGCAAAUUGUGACCGGAUCAUUGGACUCGAAAGCGCGGAUCUGGGAGGUCAAAACAGGAAAGAUCAAAGAGCUGGCAGGCCACAGAUGGGCAGUCAAUGCUGCUGCCUUCUCUAGAGAUGGCCGCACAGUUGUCACAGGAUCCGAUGAUCGCACUGUAAGGAUUUGGGAUGUCGAGCGAGGCAUGUGUGUCAAUGUCCUCGAGGGUCACCGGAGCCCUGUGACGGAGGUUUGUUUUGUGGAUUAA